GCUGCACAUUGCAUGAGAUGAAGGACUGAAUGAAGGCUGCUUCCUCUUACAAGUUGGCUUCUGAGAUUGCACCUUCUCCUCCUGCUCCUUCUCCAACUCUAUGGCCCUUCAAGAUAUAAAGGAAGUUCAAAAAGCAAGAAGGUGGUUGGACAUUUAACUGAGCAGGUGCACUGUGCCAGCAUUGAAGUGGCCACGGGAUGAUGAGGGAGACGUAGGUACCAAAGGCCACCGCGGUAGGUGGCCAGGAGAAAGAGGGCUUGCAAAGGAGAGGAGGAAGAUUGUGAGGUGCCAAGAGCAGGAAGAUGCAGAGCUGACCUGCUCAAGAAGAAAGACAAUGCAGCAAGCAACACAGCUCCAGUUAUCACCCAAUGGGCAGCGCUUGUACCAGCCCCAGUCCGACCCCAAUCUCCAAGACCAAGCACGGACACUGCGUCCAAAACCUCAGCAUGAGCCACUUGGUUCCAAGGAGAGCCUUCCGCAAGAUCUGGACAAGGACAAGAAGGUGACUCGUCACAUCCCACGCCUCCGGGCUGUGGUUGAGAGCCAGGCCUUCAAGAACAUCCUGGUAGAUGAGAUGGACAUGAUGCUGUCCCGUGCAGCCACCCUCAUCCAAGCCAACUGGAGAGGCCACCGGCUCCGGCAAAAGCUGACCUCCCAGAUGAUGGCAGCAAAGGCCAUCCAGGAGGCCUGGCAACACUUCAACACCAAGCGUCUCCUCCGGUCUGGCAAGUCGGCGGAGAAAAAAGUGAGAGUGGAGGAGGGGGACAUCCCUUACCACCCCCCCCAGCAGGUGCGGUUCCAGCAUCCAGGAGAGAGCAAGUCCCCUCUGGCUCAGCCCAUCAUGGUGAGCAAAGAGACCCAGUUCCCUUCCUCCGACAGCCUGGCUGCCUGCACCCACCAGCUGGUCCUCCUGCAGACCCAGAGUUCUCCACAGCCUGGCGUACGGGUCCCUUGUACCAUUGGAGGCCCCAGCGUCACCUUCCUACCACACCAGACCAUUGCCAUCAGGCUUCCAUGCCCGGUGAGUCUAGAUGCAAAGUGCCGCCCGCGCCUGCUGACAAGAACCGUCAGAAAUUCCUGCCUUGUCCAUGUAGAAGGGGACACAGUGAAGACCAAGCAAGUAACUGCCAGAGCCAACAAGCCAGGAGCCCCCGGGCCACCACCACCUGUCAGGUGUGCCCCGGCAGUUCACGGAUCGCUCAAGACCCAGACCCAGGACCACAUGGAAGCAGAGGUCUUCAGAGCCCCACCCCAGUCAGGCCCAGCCCCUGUGAUAACCAAGACCCCACCCCAGCCGUGUGUAGUGCCCACGGGAACAGUAGCCAAGGCCCCACCCCAGAUGUACCCAGCGGCCCGGAUGACCAAGACCCCACUCCAGUCUUGCCUGGCAGCCAUGAUGAACACGACCCCACCCCAGCCACGCUCGACGCCCACGGCAACAGCAACCAAGACCCCACCCCAGAUGUACCAGGUAGGCCCGGGGGCCAAGGCCUCACCCCAGACAUGCCCGGUGGCUGCAGUGGCUAAGACUUCACCCCAGACAUCCCAGCCAGCCGCAGCGACUAAGACCCCAUUACAGUCAUGCUUGGCAGCCAUGGUGAACAAGACCCCACCCCAGCCAUCCCCAGCAGCCCCCGUAUCCAAGACCCCAGCCCAGAUGCGAGCAACAGCCUCCAUAACCAACCCUUCACCCCAGACACGACCGGCAGCCAUGAUGGCCAAGAUCUCACCACAGAUAUGCCUGUUAGCCUCAAUGAUCAAGCCCCCAACCCAGACACGCCCUGUGGCCGCGAUGACCAAGACUCCGCCCCAGACAUGCCCAGUGCCGGCGAUGGCCAAGACACCUCCCCAGGCCCGUCUGGCGGCCGUGGUCACCAAAACCCCAGCCCAAUUCCGCUCGGUGGCUGCCAUCAUCAGGACCCUGUGCCUGCCACCUCCAACAGCUGGAAAUCUGAAGUCUUCACCUCCAGCAGCAGCGGCAGCCGGAGUUCCCAACACCUCAUCCCACACGUAUCUGAACGGACCAAAGGCCAAGGCUGUGGUGGAUGCAAAGCAGACAACAGGGAUGGUCAAGAUCUCAUCCCGCUCCUCCUUGCCUGAGGGAAAGGUCAAAUACUUUCCCCCGCCACAUCUGGGGGCUGGGACCCCUAAGGCUCCAGCCAGGCCUCCUUUAGAAGCUGAAAAAAUCAAGACCUUCUCCCAGAAACAGGUGAAAACGGAAACAGUAUCCAACACCAGUUUGGCCGUUGAAACGCCCAGGGCUUCGCCAUGGGCAAAAGUGACUGAGGACAGGAACAAGUCCUCAUUACAGACACACCUGAGGACCGAUGUCAUGAAGGUUCAAUCCCAAGUGUAUGUGCCUGUAGAAACAGCUGUGGUCCUACCCCGGGGCGAGCCGGCCCCAUGUCCGGCCAAGGCCGCGGGAACAUGUCUGGCCAAAGCUCUGCCCCAGGAACGGCUGGCCACAUGUUCAACCACAGCCUCGUCCCAGGGACAGCUGCUUGCUGAAUUGACCGCGACUCUGCCCCAGGCACAUCUGGGCACAUGUCUGUCCAAGACCCUACCCCAGGUACAUCCAUCCUCCAAGCUGACCAAGGCCCUGUCCCAGGGACAGCCACCUGCUGAGCUGACCACAGCUGAGGCUCAGUCACAUCUGGGCCCAUGUCCGUCCAAGGCCCUGUCCCAGGCACGUCCAUCUGCCAAGCUGACCAAGACGCCAUCCUUUGCACAUCUGGGCACAUGUCUGACCAAAGCACAGUCCCAAGCACAUCUGGCCACAGGAGCAGUAAAGGUCCAAUCUCAAGCACAUCUGCCUACCGGGCUGACCAAAGUGCACUCCCAGGCCCAGCUGGUCACAGAAGCAGCCAAGUGCCUCUAUGCAACCCACCAACCUGCUGAGCUCAGCAGCAAGACCCAGUCGCAGCCGCUCUUGGCUGGGUUCAAGGCCUCCUCCCAGCCUUGUCAUCACGUUGGUGCCCUUGGCACUCUGCCCCGAGCCAAGCCAGAGGACAGACUCACCCAGAUGCAGCCCCACAGCCAUGCACAGGGCAAAGCCACCCAGGGCCCAUGCCAGGGGUCCUCUGAGACCCAGAGCAUGCUGAUGCCCCUGUCGGCAUCUGCCAGACACCCCACGUGCAACAUUGAAUCCUGGGGUGACAGUGGAGCUACCCGGGCCCAGCCGUCGAUGGCCGGCCCAGCCACACCCUGCCAGGAAGAGCUGGCAGCCUCCCAGCUCGCCUCCCUGUGUGCCGAGCUGGCCGCCGAGCUGGGCUCCCAGGAGGACCUCCGUGCCCUGCUGGCGAAAGCCCUCUCCCAGGGGCAAGUGAGGGCAGCCCUGAACCAGGCCCUGACAAAGAAAGUCCUGGGUGCCACGAUGACCAAGGCCCUGCCCCAGGGCAUGCUGGGCACAGCGCUGAUGAAAGUGCUGUCCUGGGGUGAGCUGGGCAUUGCCCUGUCCCGCACCCUGACCCCCACCGAGCUCCGGGCAAAACUCGCUAAGGCCAAGCAGGGCAAGCUGGCGGGCAUGCUCAGCAAGGCGCUGACGGAGGAGGAGUGGGCAGCCCUGAGCCAGGCCCUGUGUCAGGGGGAGCUAGGCGCGGUCCUGAGCCAGUCUUUGUCUCAGGCAGCCCUGAGGACCGGAGUUGUCCUCCCCAAGGCCACCUCGCAAACAGCAGGAAGCAGGAUGACUGUGAUGCCGACCCCAGUGGAGGUGGGGAGCCCAUCAGCUGCGUGGGGGCCCACCCUAGGCCCCGUGAGACCACAACCCAGCAAGGGCCCCGCGGACGCCGUCAGAGCUGGUGGCCAAGCCCGGAACCCUGCCGUCCCCAGUGGAGCUGUCGGGCCCGUGGACCGCGCAGUGACCCCUGGUGGCCCGUGGGAGCUGCCCAGGGCUUCUGUGCCGGGGGACACUGUGGGCAGAGAGGCAGCGGUGAAUCCCAGGCAGCCGGGGAAGCCGAUGGCAUCGAUGCAGGCCAUGGAGAAGAUAAUCAUCCGCGCUCUGGUCGUUAUCCAGGCGUGCACACGUGGCUACCUGGCACGCCGCGCCAUCAAAGCGUGGCACCAGUGGGCUGUCGUCAUCCAGGCCGCCUGGCGUGGCUACCGUGUGCGGCGGGACCUGGCCCGGCUCUCCAGAGCUGCCACCGUCAUCCAAGCCGUAUGGCGAGGCUUCUGUAUCCGCCGGGGCCAAACCCCGCCAGCGUUGCUCCAGGGCGUGUGGGCCGAGAUGGGCGGCAGGACCGGGUCGACCUCUGACCACCGCUGCUUCCAGUCCUGCCAGCCGCACGUCUGCCCCCUCUGCCAGUCCCUGAGUCCCAGGGCGGGGAGCCCGCCCAGUGUGGUGAUGCUCGUGGGUUCCAGCCCCCGCACGUGCCACAUGUGUGGCCACACCCUGCCUACUCGGGUGGUGCACGGCAUGGGCCGGGGCGCCAGAGUCCAGGCAGGCGUCCCAUGGGGCUCUGGCACCCAGACAACCCCCGGGAGCCCCCGGCAGUCCCGUCGCCAGAAUAAGGCAGCCGCGACCAUCCAGUCGGCGUGGAGGGGCUUCAGCGCACGCCGCCAGCUGGUGCAGCAGCAGGUGGCAGCCAAGACGCUUCAAGCCACCUGGCGCGGCCAUCACACUCGGGCCACCCUCACCACGGAUGCGCUCUUGGGACCAGCAGCAUGGGACGAUCCGCAGUAUAUGCAGUGGCCGGGUGUCUAGGACAUUGGCUGACUGGUGGGGGGACACCAGGAGAGGGCCAAUGUGGCUCUUUGGGUCUAGUGAAUAAAGCCCUCCACAGCCUGA